CUGUGGAUUACAGUAAUCCAGCACCUUUAAUAUCAGUGCGGUGGUCCACCACUCGAAAAAUAACCAUCAUGGAGUACAGACUGCAGAACACGUUUCUGUUAGCCGUCCUGCUGGUGUCUGAAGGUUUUAUUGGGCUGCAAGCACAAGAGGAUGGCGAGGGCAACGACACAUGGGCUGGGAAAAUUUGCAAGUGUGACUGUGAUUCCUCUAGCAAGUUGCUUUCUAAAGGUUCUUCAUCAAGUAGGGGACAGGAGAUGGACUGCAUGCCAGAGUGUCGCUACCAUAAGCCCCUGGGUUUUGAGGCAGGAUCUGUGACCUCAGAUCAGAUCAGCUGCUCUAAUGAAGACCAGUACACAGGCUGGUUCUCCUCCUGGAUUCCAAGCAAAGCAAGGCUCAACAACCAAGGAUUUGGGUGUGCCUGGCUGUCUAAGUUCCAGGAUACCAACCAGUGGCUUCAGAUUGACCUGAAGGAGGUCAAAGUGGUUUCUGGUAUCCUGACCCAGGGCCGCUGUGACUCUGAUGAGUGGGUUACCAAGUACACCGUGCAGUACCGCACCAAUGAGAAACUCAACUGGAUCUACUACAAGGACCAAACUGGAAACAACAGGAUGUUCUAUGGAAACUCUGACCGCUCUUCCACAGUUCAGAACCUUCUGCGUCCACCUAUCGUAGCACGUUACAUCCGUAUCCUCCCUCUUGGUUGGCACACUCGCAUCGCCAUCCGCAUGGAGUUGCUACUUUGCAUGAAUAAAUGCACCUGAUCUGGAACAUGUCAGCGAAGCCAUACUCAACUAUUUCCUGUUCCAUCCCAUUUCUUGUAUCACAACAUGCCAAAGUGAAUAUCACUGCCCAAUCAAUGCAUCAAUGCUUAUUUUCUGGUAUUUUCAAGGAAGAAGCGAUCAUUAGAAUGUGUUAAGGUUACAUUUAUUUGUCUUAAAUAUGUUUUCCUCUUCUUUUUGCAUAUAAAGUAUAUU